CUGAACUGUGAUAAUGGGGAUGAAGUGCAGGGACGCAGAAAGUUAGUGAAUGAGGUACGACACCGCCUCAAGCCAAAAUUGCCCAAUUUUUCUAUAAAUCUUUGCCGAACUGAGCCAAAC